AUGGAUGGACCCCAGAUAAAUCGUAGUCCUGAAAGGGAGCACGCAGACUGUGUUGCCUGGGCAGAGUCUGCGAUGAAGACAAACUCACGUAUUCGCAAGCUGCUAGAAUCCUUGGAGAGCCGUGGCUGUCCAAUGCGCAUUGGUGUGAACUUGCUGUGUGAGCGAUGCGAUCAGCCAGGACUGAAUGGCGGAUUUGAUGCUGAGCGUGCUGAGGCCGUGGUGUGUGAGAAUGCAGUGCGCAACGGACAGCAGGUGGAACGAGUACUGGCUCAUGAGCUGGUACAUGCGUACGACCACUGCCGAGCGCACGUCAACUGGUCGUAUCUGCCACACUGGGCAUGCAGCGAGGUGCGUGCGGCUGCCCUGAGUGGCGAGUGCAGCCUGACAGUGUCCAAGUUCAUGCAGACGGCUGCCGGCAUGAUGCCAUGGCGACUACACAAGGGAGGUGUUGACUGCGCCCGGCGACAUGCUAUCCGCAGUCUGCAGGCGCUGCGAUCGGAUCUGGAAAUGGCCGAGAUUGAAACGGCCGUCGACAGUGUUUUCGUGCCCUGCUAUUUAGACUCAGAACCGUUUGACGUUAUUCCACCGCUCACUCGACCCCUAGGGUGGAAGCCGCGCAAAUAA